AUGUCUUUAUCUGACCAAUUCUCCAUCACGACUCUUCCUCGAGUCUCAGACAUCAAGCUUUCUGAGAAGGCAGUUGUGUCUGGAAUAAGACUGGCUCAACAACAGGUGCUUGAUAUUGGGAUUUCAAGAUCAUCCAUUUGCUCCAUCAUAUUGAAGCCAACGCCCAAGUUAAUAUGGACUUAUGCAUUAUCCCCCAACACUAUAGUGGACUACAUAGAUGUAGCAGAAACAGAAGAUACUUCUAUCAAGCAAUUUGCGAUUGGUACUACCGACAGAAAGAAAGAUCAUAAUCUUUUAUUCUUGAGGAGAUACAACCAAGAGUCGGAAGAACACCUGAGCACCACACCAGAAGGCGAUCAAGACCAGCAAGAAUCUGUAAGCACCAAGUCAAUAAAGACCAAGUCUAAAGUGGUGAGCACCCAUUUUAGCAAAGACUCCAGACAUGUAUACGUUAUCUUGGAUGACUGUACUGUUGAGGUGUACCAGUACAAUUUGGAAGACAACGAAGACGAAGAAAACAACGACUCUCCAAUUUACUCAAACUUGAAUAGAUUGAGAAACUCAAGGACUUUAUACCAUCAAUUUAUAGAAACCGGCGAAAUCAACAAAGGUGAUGGUGUGUUGGUAUUGGUUGAACUCAUUAACAAGAAGAAGGUGCAAGUGAGAUUACUUUCUCUUGACUUGGAAAAUACAAUUGAAAUUAAGAGUGUAGUGUUAGAGGAAGACAUGGAAGCAGGUUCGGCUUUCACCUAUGAUUCCAUUGCCAACUGCUUGUAUGAAUUUUCAAAGAAGGAGAAUACAUUGAAGAUGUAUACACUUCCUGAUUUCAGACUAUUCAAAACCAUACCGUUUGGAAGCAUACUUGAGAGAAAACAGAGUGUCACCGAAGUGACCAUGGUUUCACCAGCUCCUGAAAGAUUACUUAUAAGUUUCGAAGGGAUAAUUUACCUCAUAAAUACAAAGUAUGACUCAAUAUUAGAUAAAUUCAGUCACCAAGACAAGAUCUCUUUGGAGACUGUCUUCAAAGUUAAGGGGAAUUCGCUUAGAACCAGCCAAACAUUUGCUGUUUUCUUCAGUCAUGAUGCUAAGGCCAAUGUCAGUGAUUUAAACGUGAUCAAUGUUGAUGUAGGUUUAGGUACCUUAAGUGAAUGCUUAGGUAAGGGGAUAAGUAAGGUUAAAUCUGACGCAGUGGCUAAGUUUUCUGGACUCUCCGAUCUUCUCGAUGACAAAUUUGUUGACAAUUCUAUUAUUCUUACCAAUGAGAUCAAUGAAAUUUAUGAAGAGUUGAAAAAUGCAUCUGAGGAAUCUAAUUUAAAGAAAUGGGAGAGAAUUGUGAUCCCAUACUUGAAAGGUGAAUCAUGGACAACAAUAAAGAAAUCUAUCAAGAAGCUUUCUAAUAAGGCAUCCACAAAUGACAAGUUGGUACCUGUAACGAAAGAUUACGAAUUCAAAGUGUUUGAAGUGGAAAAAGAUAGAAUUAUAGAUUACAAUUUCAUUUAUUCUAUUACAUCAUUAAUUUUUAGCGCAAAUGACGACAACGGAGACGUUCAGUUUAAAUCCAAGUUUAAUCCAGAGCACUCAUUGACUUACCUUUUCACACAUCCUUUGUAUCCAAAGGAAUUCACCAAAGGUUUACUUAGUCUAUUUGCCAAGAGAUCCGAAGAAAUUGAUGAUUCCACAGCAUCUUCCAUAGGGUCUCUCAGACUUCUCAGACAAGCGCUUAUAACGUGCCCCAAUUUGUCAUGUUUGGAAAUUACUAAGCAACUUAACAACAGCAAUGAUGAGAUUUUCCAGGACGUUGUGAGCAGAUUAAUUGAAGAAUAUUCAAUAAAUCAGAUCACUUCAACAUUAUUGGAAGUUUUGAAGCAGACAACCGCCUUCAAUUUAGAAGAAUGCAUAAAGAAAUGUUUCAUUUUGGAUAAUGGAUGGGAAAUCAUUCCCGCAAUUAUAGAUGCCGGUGGGUUAUUUGGAUGGUCAAAAGAUUUAAUUGAUAAAGUUAUUGAAGAUGUUGAGAUCCAAUUAGAGUCUUUGAACUUGAAUGGUUAUAAUUUAACUUUGACCAACCAGGCUAUAUUGGUGAACUCGUCAUUGGUUGAUACAUCGGCUGGAAAAAAGAAGAGUAAGAAACAAAAGAAAAAGGAAUUGAAGCAGCAACAACAACAAGCCCAAAGCAAUGGAGCAGUAACACAAGAUAUUGUUGAAUCAAAUAAACAACAAGAACAGUUGAAUUCAAUGUUGACUAUUAACAAUACAUCGAGAAAAAAUUUGCUUGAUGAUGGUAUAUCUAUCAGUAAGAAAAUUCCUGUGUAUUCUGUAGAAAAGUUGAUAUUAUAG